CUAGGUUUCGAACUACAACUUGUGUAAACUUGAACAUUCUCACUUGCGGAGUAUUUUUACUUCCCUUCAUUUUUCUUGCCAAUACACAGAAAAGGGAAAUGGCAGAAAACGAGUGGCUAAAUGGGUACUUGGAGGCCAUUCUGGACGUGGGGAGGAACAAAAGUGGCAGAGAGGGGAGGAACCGGAUGAUGGAAAGCCUCAAGCAAACAACAUUCAGCAAGUUUGAUGAAGACAUAUUUUUCACAUCUGAAAAGCUUCUCCAAGUUCAUCGCGAUGGGAAAGAACUAGGGAAGACGUUUAGCCCGACCCAGUAUUUUGUUGAAGAGGUUGUUAAUAGAUGCGAUGAGACCGACCUCUAUAGGACAUGGAUUAAGGUUGUAGCAACAAGGAAUUCUCGUGAGCGCAAUAACAGGCUAGAGAAUAUGUGCUGGCGGAUUUGGCAUCUCGCCCGCAAGAAGAAGCAGAGAGAUUGGGAGGAUGCACAAAGGUUGUUGGUGAAAAGGACGUGUGAGCUGGAUAAAAAGGUUCAUAUAGAUUCGGCAGAGGAUCUUUCUGAUCUCUCAGAAGGCGAGAAGGGGAAAGGGGAAGUCAUCAGUAAAACAGAUUCUCUCUCUCUUAUGCCAAGAAUUAACUCAGAUGCACAAAUAUGGUGUGAUGAAGAUAAACCGAGACAGCUCUACAUUGUUCUGAUCAGUAUUCAUGGGUUGAUUCGUGGAGAAAACAUGGAACAUGGACGAGAUUCUGAUACUGGUGGUCAGGUGAAAUACGUCGUAGAACUUGCCAAGGCACUCUCCAUCAUGAAUGGGGUGAAUCGCGUUGAUCUUCUAACUCGGCAAAUAACUUGUCCAGAGGUUGACUCUAGCUAUGGUGAGCCAACUGAGAUGUUGUCCUUCCCAUCUCAUGAUGGUUUUGGAAAUUGUGGUGCCUAUAUAAUCCGAAUCCCCUGUGGGCCACGUGAAAAAUACAUACCAAAAGAAUCGCUCUGGCCGUAUAUACCAGAGUUCACAGAUGGGGCUUUGGGUCACAUAGUCAAUAUGUCAAGAGCUUUAGCAGCAGAACAAGGAAAUGAAGGGAAACCUGUGUGGCCUUAUGUUAUCCAUGGACAUUACGCUGAUGCAGGAGAGGUAGCAGCACGCAUAUCAGGAACCUUAAAUGUACCUAUGGUAUUUACAGGUCACUCACUAGGCAGAAACAAGUUUGAGCAAUUGCUUAAACAGGGGAUGCUCACAGAGGAUAUAAAUGCCACAUAUAAAAUUAUAAGAAGGAUUGAAGCUGAGGAGUUGGCACUGGAUUCUGCAGAAAUGGUGGUCACCAGCACAAGGCAGGAGAUUGAAGAGCAAUGGGGUUUGUAUGAUGGUUUUGACGUACAAUUGGAGAGGAAACUUAGGAUUAGGAGACAGAGGGGAGUUAGUUGCCUUGGGCGAUACAUGCCUAGGAUGGUGGUUAUACACCCGGGGAUGAAUUUCAGCAGUGUUAAAGCACAAGAUCUCGUAGACGGUGAAGCAGACCUCAAGAGUUUUAGUGGAACUGGCAAGAUCCAAAAGAAUCCUAUCCCUCACAUAUGGGCAGAGAUUUUGAAAUUCUUCACAAACCCAUACAAGCCAAUGAUACUUGCAUUGUCCCGUCCUGAUCCUAAGAAGAACGUUAUGACUCUGCUCAAGGCUUAUGGAGAAUGCCGAGCCCUUCAAGAACUAGCCAAUAUGACACUUAUACUGGGCAACAGAGAUGAUAUAGAAGAGAUGUCAAGUAACACCUCCACUGUUCUCACUACGGUACUUAAGCUCAUUGACAGAUACAAUCUAUACGGCCAGGUGGCAUAUCCAAAGCAUCACAAGCAACUCGAGGUUCCUGAUAUAUAUCGCCUAGCUGCAAAAACCAAGGGAGUUUUCAUCAAUCCAGCUCUUGUUGAGCCAUUUGGUCUCACUCUUAUUGAGGCUGCAGCUUAUGGAUUACCAGUAGUUGCAACAAAAAAUGGAGGGCCUGUUGAUAUAGUCAAGGAGCUUAACAAUGGGUUGCUUGUUGAUCCACAUGACCAACAAGGAAUAUCAGAUGCUCUUCUAAAGCUUGUUGUUGAUAAAGCCCUCUGGCUUGAGUGCCGUAAGAAUGGUCUAAAAAACAUCAGUCGCUUCUCCUGGCUAGAUCAUUGCCUUAACUAUUUAUCCCACGUCGAGCAUUGCAGAAAACGCCACCCUGCAAAUUUUCUUGAAGUUAUAGUGCCAGCUACUGAAGAACCAAUGACUGAAUCAAUAUGUGGCAUUGAAGACUUUUCUCUUGAGUUCUCCAUUGAUGCAGACCUUAAACUUAACAGAGAUGUUGAUGUGGAUAACAGAAAGCAAGAACUUAUCAAUGUACUAACACGGAAGCCAUCUUUGAAUCCCAAAUUAUCCAUUAACUAUUUCCCGGGAAGAAGGCAAGCACUAUAUGUAGUGGCAGCAGAUUGUUAUGACAACAUGGGAAAUGCUACAGAGAUAUUAUCUCUAAUCAUCAACAAUGUGAACCAAAUUAGAGGUUCAAAAUCCAGCCAAACAGGUUUAGUACUAAUGACAGGAAUGAGUCUCCAUGAGAUGAAAGAAGCAAUAAAGAAUAGCCAAGCAAAUCUGGAAGAUUUUGAUGCAAUUGCUUGCAACAGUGGGAGUGAAAUGUACUAUCCAUGGAGGGAUAUGGUACUCGAUGAAGACUACGAAAUGCAUAUUGAGUAUCGGUGGCCAUGUGAGAAUGCAAAAUCAGUCAUGACAAGGCUGGCCAAAGUAGAUGCCAGCGGUACUGAUAGUGAUGACAUGACUUGCAUUAGCCCAAGCAGCUCCCGAUGCUACACUUAUAGCAUUAAAGCGGGAACCAAGACUCGGAGAGUGAAUGACCUUAAACAAAGGCUACGCAUGAGAGGAUUUCGUUGCAACACUGUAUAUACACAUGCUGGGUUAAGGUUGAAUGUGAUUCCAUUAUAUGCAUCAAGAUCUCAAGCAAUCAGGUACCUUUCUAUUAGAUGGGGGAUAGAUCUUUCCAGAAUAACAGUCUUUGUGGGGGAAAGCGGGGACACUGACUAUGCAGACCUGCUCAUGGGCCUUCACAAGAUUAUUAUUCUACAAGAUUGUGUGGAAUGUGGCAGUCAUAAGCUUCUUCACGAUGAAGAUAGCAUCAAAUGGAAAGAUGUAACAUCCCAAAACAACACAAGCACAACCAUAGCUGAGAGUUAUGAAGCACAUGUUAUCUGCACAGCAUUGGAGAAGCUAGGAAGCAUGUGAAGUAUUUAUUUUAUUACCUUUUACAAAAAGGGUAAUAAAAUAUUGAAGGGGAUUAGAAUUUGCACCUAAAUUGAUACUGUUUUCAUA